CCCUGAUAUCGACAAACUAACAAAGCUACUUCUGCACAACCCUUUUGUUUUAACUCUUACCGAGGUUGGUCAUGCAAAGGAUGACGUGGUCCCUAGAAAUGUGCAACAAUUUUGGAUUUCAUGCAGUGCUAAGGAUAAGAUGCUUUAUAUCCUUUCCCUUCUGAAGUUAGAGCUUAUUCAAAAGAAAGUUCUAAUAUUUGUGAACUCAAUUGACAAUGCAUUCAGAUUAAGAUUGUUCCUGGAAAAGUUUGCGAUAAGAUCUGCAGUGUUGAAUGCUGAGUUGCCACAAAAUUCUCGCCUACAUAUUAUUGAGGCUUUCAAUGCUAGGCUAUUCGAUUACCUGAUAGCAACAGAUGACAAUAAAACAAAGGAGGCGAAGCAAACCAAUAAGGAAAGCAAAAAAGAUUCAAAGGGGCCACGCAAGCAUUUGCAACAAACUUUAGAUGCUGAAUUCGGAGUCGUCAGAGGAAUUGACUUCAAAAACGUUUUUACAGUAGUUAAUUUUGACAUGCCUCCGAAUCCUGCUGGGUAUAUUCACAGAAUAGGACGAACAGGGAGGGCAAAUAAAACCGGUGCAUCUAUAUCACUUGUUUCACCAGAGGAGGAGGAUGUUUUCGAAGAGAUUGAACACAUGUUGCAAGAUGUUGAAAAAAAGGAUACCAACUGCAUUUUACCUUUCCCGUUACUCACAAAAAACGCUGUCGAGUCCCUACGAUAUAGGACUCAGGAUGUUGCUAGGAGUGUGACAAGCCGUGAUAUACAGGAAGCACGUCGUCAAGACGUAAAGAAUGAAAUCCUCAAUUCUGAGAAGUUGAAAGCUCAUUUUGAAGAGAAUCCAACAGACCUCGAUUUGCUCAAACAUGAUAAGUUGCUUACCAACAAAUCCAUUCCUGCUCACCUGCGUGAUGUCCCCGAAUACCUAAUUGACCCCACAACGAAAGAAGCCAGCAAUGCAGUCAAACUUUCGAGGGCUGCUAUGGGUCUUGAUAAUCCCCGAAGGAAGAAAAGAAUGGGAUUCAGGAGUGGUUCAGGCAAAAGUAGCGAUCCCCUCAGAACGUUCUCUGCCGAGGGCAAAUCACGAGGACGAAGGGGAAAGGAAAGAGAAGGAGACGAUAGAAGAAAGAGGAGGAAGAAGGCAGAAAUCUAAUGUAUUAACUUGUAUUAUCUCGGUUUUAUAGACUUAUUGCCUUGUAUUAACUUGUAUUAUCUCUAGAACAAAGUCAAAGCUUAAUGUGCAUCAUUGUACGUCGAAGUAUUUUGGGUCUGUCUAGGUGCUUUCUUUGGAAGAUUGUAGUAUCACACACUUCCUCUUGAAUCCUCGUACGAACCGCUGCCUGGAAUAUUUCAAGAACAAAACCGAACAAGGAGGAAGUAUAAUCCAUCA